CCCCCCGGGCCUGGGGACGCCAAAAGAAACUCGAAUCCGCACACGAGCAGCCGCAGACACACGCGACGCGACCAUGUACCGGGCGGCGGCGGCGGCCAUUUCGAGGUCCUCCUCGGCGCUGCGGAAGCAGCUCGCGUGGGGUGGCGGCGGGGAGGAGCGGCUGUGGGCUCGGGGGUAUGCGUCGAAGGAGGUGACCUUCGGCGUCGGCGCCCGCGCCGCCAUGCUGCAGGGCGUCAACGAUCUCGCCGACGCCGUCAAGGUCACCAUGGGCCCCAAGGGGCGCACUGUGAUUAUCGAGGGGUCCGGUAAAGGUCCCAAGGUCACGAAGGAUGGGGUCACUGUCGCGAAAAGCGUGGAGUUCGAGGGUAGUGCUAAGAAUGUUGGGGCGAACCUGGUUAAGCAGGUUGCUGAAGCUACGAAUAAGGCUGCAGGGGAUGGUACCACUUGUGCAACUGUACUUACACAAGCAAUUCUCACGGAAGGAUGCAAGGCCGUGGCAGCAGGGGUCAAUGUUAUGGACUUGCGCAAUGGUAUAAACAAGGCCAUACAUGCUAUCACUGCCCACCUCAAAAGUAAAGCGUGGAAGAUAAAUUCCACAGAAGAAAUUAACCAGGUAGCAACCAUUUCAGCUAAUGGUGAAAAGGAAAUUGGAGAUUUGAUAUCAAAAGCUAUGGAAAAAGUUGGAAAGGAUGGAGUCAUUACUAUUGUUGAUGGCAAAACACUGGACAAUGAGCUUGAAGCAGUACAGGGAAUGAAGCUGUCUAGAGGCUACAUAUCUCCUUACUUUGUGACUGAUCAGAAGACUCAGAAGUGUGAGAUGGAGGAUCCUCUGAUUCUUAUCCAUGACAAGAAAAUCUCAAACAUGAAUUCACUCCUUCCAGUACUAGAAAUUUCCAUCAAGAAUCGCAGGCCUCUUCUCAUUGUUGCUGAGGAUGUAGAAGGAGAAGCUCUUGCGAUGCUUGUACUGAACAAGCAUCGCGCUGGACUCAAGGUAUGUGCUGUCAAAGCUCCUGGAUUUGGUGAUAACAGAAGGGUCAAUCUGGAUGAUAUGGCUGUGUUGACUGGAGGAGAGGUACUCAGCGAGGAACAAGGUCUUGAUCUUGGCAAAGUCCAACUACAGAUGCUUGGCACUGCUAAAAAGGUUACCGUAUCUCUUGAUGAUACUAUCAUCCUAGAUGGUGGAGGUGACAAACAGCAGAUAGAGGAGAGGUGUCAACAGCUUAGAGAAUCAAUUGACAAAAGCACUGCUAUGUUCGACAAAGAAAAGGCUCAAGAGCGUUUAUCAAAGUUAUCUGGAGGUGUUGCUGUCCUCAAGAUUGGUGGAGCUAGCGAAGUUGAAGUUGGUGAGAAAAAAGAUAGGGUAACAGAUGCUCUAAAUGCUGCAAGGGCUGCUGUGGAGGAGGGUAUUGUGCCAGGUGGUGGAGUUGCCCUUUUAUAUGCCACCAAGGAGCUCGACAAGAUUAGCGCAGCAAAUGAGGAUGAAAAGAUAGGAAUUCAAAUUAUCAAGAAUGCUUUGAAGGCUCCCUUGAAGACCAUAGCUGCAAAUGCUGGUGUUGAUGGGGCCAUGGUCACUGGGAAGUUAAUUGAACAAGAGGAUCUUAGUUUGGGCUAUGACGCAACCAGAGGGGAGUAUGUUGACAUGAUUAAGGCUGGCAUCAUCGAUCCUGUGAAAGUUAUCCGUACUGCACUUCAAGAUGCUGCAAGUGUUUCGUUGCUGAUGACAACCACAGAGGCUGCAAUUGCUGAGCUCCCGGCGACAAAAGCCAGAAUAGCCAGCCGUAUGCCGCAAAUGAGCGGGAUGGAUUUUUGAGGACAAUUGGGCAUGACGUAUGAUUUAUGAUUCACCUGCUUUCUUAUUGAAAGAAAGACACUACCUGGCAACGAACUUCCUUUCUCAAGAGGAUGCAGAGGUGCAAAGCUGGCACCGAGAUGUAAUUUUGAGUUUUGAAUAUACGGAUUGAUGCUGAUAUAAACUGACUAAUCCUUGAGCCAAUCAUUUUGUAGACUUUACGACGGUUCUAUAGUACAAAUUGAAACUGUCAAAGCUGUUUGAGCCA